CGUAGUACUAUGUGCUCGAAACAUGUUUCCAUUGCAAUCAACUUUAUUGGUCAUGUUCGUCGAUCAGAACUUAAAUUCUGGUGAACAAUACGAUGCUGUCAUCAAGAAUGAUGGCCCCGCACAAGCUAUUGCUGCGUCGUAUACACCGGCACAACGAAGAUUUUCGUUGAUGAAAUUCAAGUAUAAAUGGAACGGCAGAAUUCGGUUUUGUCGAAGCUCUAGUUUGCCUCAUCUUACUGUUGUACCCAAGGAUGAAGACCAUCGCUGCAUUCACGGUCCUUGCCUGUGCCACUUUGGCCAAUGCAGACUAUGACGGCAAUCUGAACUACAACUCACCCUCGAAUCGACACCCCGCACUCGGAAUCGAUGUUCCCAGGCUCAGGCAUACUAAGCGUGGUCUUGAAUCCCAUGUGUGGAAUGCAUCAGAGCUCAAGUUCACCCAUGGAGUUGCGUCGGGUGAUCCACUGCCCAAUCAGGUAGUUCUCUGGACUCGCGCCUCGCCUGUUCUCGAGAAUGACCGAUCCAAUGUCACAGUUGAGGGUAACGUCCCGCUUUAUAAUCACGAUACGGAACAAUACAUCAAGGCUUCUCCCAAUCCUAUCUGCGUGGACUACCAGGUUUGGGCUGACAAGGGCUGCUCAAAUGUUGUCGAUAGUGGUAGGGCGUAUACUACGAGCGACAUUGACUACACAAUCAAGGUCGAAGCGAAGAACUUGCAGCCGUUCACAACCUACUGGUACCAGUUUAACAUCUGCGGAUCUGACAAUAAGAGCCCACUCGGCAGGACCAAGACCAGUCCUGCAGCCGAUGACGCCGUCUCCAAGAUCAAGCUUGCAAUCUACUCCUGCAGCAACUACUUCACCGGUUACUUCAAUGCCUAUGGUAACCCUGCCAGGAAGGACAGCAUAGACUAUGUCGUGUUCCUCGGUGACUACAUCUAUGAAAACGGCAAAGGCAAGCUUGGAAAGGACCCUAGGGCCACUAAUCCCGAGGGCGAAGUUUUCUCCCUCUAUGGAUACCGCGCCAGACUCGGACAGCACCGCACUGACCCGGAUCUUCUGCUCUCUCAUCAGAACUUCCCAUGGAUUAACGUAUGGGACGAUCAUGAGGUCGCUAACAACGUGUAUCGCGACGGAGCUAUUACCAUGAACAACACCGAGGAUUCAUUUAUCAAAUCCGGCGGUGUUUCCGUUGACCAACGUAAAAUGAACGCCGUACGCGCUUACUUCGAAUGGAUGCCUAUCAGGCAGGUCGACAUGGAUGAUAACCUUCGAAUCUGGCGUACGUUCAAGCUGGGGAAGCUAGCUGAUCUCAUUAUGCUCGAUACGCGUAGCUACGACCGUAGUAUUACUACUUUAGGAGGUUGGAACGACGAAUACAUUGACAUCAUCCGCGACGACGCCAGCAGAUCGCUUAUGGGAAGUCACCAAGAGAACUGGUUCUACAGACAGCUCUCCGAGAGCAGCGACAGGAAUGCAACAUGGCGGUUGAUUGGAAACCAGAUUGUGUUUUCGAGUCUUAACCAAACUGCCAUGGGAUUCAAGAUUCCCAAUGGCGACUCCUGGGAUGGUUACGUAGCCAAUCGCAAUCGCACUCUUGCACAUCUCUACAAUAACCAAAUCAACAACACCAUCUUCCUCGCUGGAGACUCCCACGCCAAUUGGGUGUCAGACCUUGUAUGGCUAGGCGAAAAGCAAUACGACCCCGUCACUGGUGAAGGGGCCAUUGGUGUCGAAUUCGCAGGUACCUCGGUCUCGUCCAUGGGUGCUAAAGAUGAUCCUUCGCCGGCCAAUUCCAGCGUCAGAUCUCUUGAUCUUGUGAACGCAAACGAGGAACUGCAGUGGGCUGAAGGAUACUACAGGGGCUACUAUGAGCUUCAGAUUUCACCGGAAGCUAUCGAAGCGCAAUACUAUGGUUGCCCUACCAUCGCUACAAGGAAUCCACUUGAGAUCAGUCUGGCAAACUUUACUGUACAAGCUGGCGCCAACCGCCUCCAGCGAGACGUCGGUGGCGGCGUGGUCGAGAGUGGAGCUCUGCAGAGGGGCAUAACGAAGCAUAGCAAUGUGACGCUCAACACAGAGGACGGAACGUGGAAUAUCACCUGGUUUGACAAUAUGUUUCUUCGAUACGCCAAAUAGAUGCAAUGGCCUAAGCUCGAAGC